ACGUGAUUGCUUAUCUUCUUCCUCCCGACCUCCCCCUGCAGCCGAACAAGGGAACCUAAGCCCCCGACGCACCUCCCCUUGAGGAAACCGAAAAUCCCGGAUCUGCUCUGUUCUUCCUGCCCUGCUGCCGGUUUCAGCUUGGUGAGGGUGGGGAUCUUUUGGUUUUUUGGCAAGGGAACCACCAUGAAAUCAUCUCUUUAGCUUUGGUUUGGCUUGGGUUUACUCUAAGGCCUCUUGGUUCUCCCAAUUUUUGGUAGCCCGUGAGCUUUCCUUGCACUGCCGUCGGCCUCCCCCAACCUGCAGUCGGGUUUUUGCUGGGAAAAUUCUAGUAUGUGGCAGCCCCUUUAAGCCUAAAAUUAUCCAUUAGCUGCUGAGUUUGUCCAUGGAUUAUUGCCCCAUGUGCUGUCCGAAUUCUGCAGUAAAUAGGGGAUGAAUUCCGGUAGUCUUUGAACAUGUUUUAAGCUUAGUUUAAGUGUAAAUUAGCUUGAUUUGUGCUGUUGUGAUUUUGGAGAAUCCCGUGAAUUAGCCAUUGUUUUGCCAAUUUAUGGAAGUGCAUGACCCUACUAGUGGGGGUUUAUAAACGCUAGCACAUGUCGACAUGUUAUUGAUAGAAUCGGUUCGUUCGAGUGACCCUGCUAGUGGGGGUUAUACACCAGCAAAUAGUGCGCCUGCCAAUGAGUGGUUUAUAACACUGGCCAUGACCUAUAGAUGAGAUGUCUAUUUCAUGCCUGUACUCAUAUCUAUUUUUUGUGAUUACACUUGUUAGCAUGCUAUAAGUUUAAUAAGGGGCACUCCAUAUUUACUCACUGAGUUUAUCUCAUAGUUUUUUCUUAUCCACCAUUUUAGGAAGCGAAGUCAAGAACAGGAAAAAACGAGGGGAGUGACGAGUUAGAAGGCUAGCCAUCUUGUAAAUUGAGCAUAGAUUUAGAUAUAAAUAAUGAUCUUGUAA